AUGGCUAGGAAAUACUUCGCCGUUGGAAAGAGAGUACGGAGCUGGACGGACGGGACUUUGAUUCCGUUAAGACAAACAGCGAGACUCUGCGAGAGCGAGAGAGGCGGGUUACCCACGACAUCUUGGGAUUACUUAGCCUCUGGAGAGAGAGUACAAAGCGGGACGGAUGGCAAGAGCGACGAAUCGACAUCAGGUGGGAAGCACACAGGCGACGACAAAGCAGAUCGACAACAAAACACCGACGGACAGAGCAGGAAAUACAGAGAUGAUCGGACUUCGAUUGAGUGA